CACUAGUGAACUGUAAAGGGGAAAUCUUUCGCAAGCGGGAAGCCUAGAGUGUCAUUGACGCCUCUCCUCCUUUUCUCUUGCGCACGGCCCCUUGUUGGGAGAUUAGGGUUCUUUCUAAAGGAGGGUUAGUCAUGUUUGUAGAUUCUGCGUAUUAAUUACUUGGUUGCCAAAUUCGACUAUGGAGAAGGAUUCCAAGGUAGCGGUUGAAGAUCCUAAGCUUGAUUUGUUCGAAGAUGAUGAUGAAUUUGAAGAAUUUGAGAUCAAUGAAGAAUGGGAUGACAAAGAAGAGGGAAAAGAGACAAACCAGCAAUGGGAAGAUGAUUGGGAUGAUGACGAUGUUAAUGACGACUUUUCGCUGCAGCUCAAGAAAGAAUUGGAAAACAACUCGGAGAAAAGUUAAUUUCCAUCUCUCCUCAUCAUUCUUCGGUUGUCUAGUGUUCAUGUCUUCGUUGACUGUAAGGCAACAGAUUAUCAUAGUGUUCUGGUGUCUUAAAUUUGUGCCUGUUUGUCUCGUCUGGAUAUGGACGAACUUUUUAUACAGAUAACUUUAUACUAGGUGGAUGGAUCUAUUUUUUUUUCCCCUUUCUAAUUCUGUAAUCGUCUUGCAAAAUUUGAAUUUGUUGUUGCGCACAAGAUGAAAUGGGUCACCGUCCCAGCGAAGAUGCUCAUAUAAUUUUAGAAUUUUCAAUUUGAUUGCGUGGAUCAA